AUGACGGAAGUUCGCUUUGACCCUUGGGAUUCGAGCAAAGUCAAAAAAAAAAAAAAAUCAGCCUACGGUCGCGAGCCAUACCAAUUGGAAUGGAAGAUGCGAAUAUUCGGCUAUGCUCAGGCCUCCCGUCUCGUCUGCUAUUUCCAUGUGGCUACAUACUGGAAUUGUGAUGAAGUUGAGAACUGCCAAGUGGAACUAGUUCGGGAGAUGGCCGUCCAUGAUCCACGGUUCAAUCGAUGGUACAAAUCAGCGGGAGAUGAGCAAAAGACCACGGGGGUUCUUGGGGAAAGGACCGAAAGCGAUCUCGACGAGUUGCUGCGACCCAAGGCUCGCAGUUCCUGGCAAUGA